UCGGUUACGUGUGCGAUUAAUGGAUCCCGCGGCGUUCGUUCGAUGUUGCCAUCAAAAAGACCCAACGUCCAACUUGUGUCCUGUUGUGUCCGUAGCUUUGAUGUAUUUUAAACAGUACAACUUACCGAAAAAGAUUCAUUUACAGAAUACUUUCUUUUUUUUGAAGUAACUUUGACAAAAAUAUGGGUGUACCGGCGUUUUUUCGCUGGUUGAGUCGGAAGUAUCCGUCUGUGAUUGUCGAAUGUAUCGAGCAGAAGCCUAUAGUCGUAGAUGGAGUAUGUGUUCCUGUGAAUUCCGGAGAUCCAAAUCCAAAUGGUGUAGAAUUCGAUAAUUUGUAUCUUGACAUGAAUGGCAUAAUACAUCCUUGUACACAUCCCGAGGACAAACCUGCGCCCAAAGAUGAGGAUGAAAUGAUGGAAGCUAUUUUUGAAUGUAUUGAUAGAUUGUUUCGCAUUGUCAGACCAAGAAAAUUGCUUUAUAUGGCAAUUGAUGGAGUUGCACCUAGAGCUAAAAUGAACCAGCAAAGAUCUAGACGAUUUCGAGCGUCAAAAGAAACGUAUGAAAAAAUUAAUGAAAUAGAUAGGAUACGUUCCGAGUUGGCUGGUAAAGGAGUAUUUUUGCCCCCUGAGAAACCAAAGGAGGAACAUUUUGAUAGCAACUGUAUUACACCGGGCACACCGUUCAUGGCACGAUUAUCAUCGUGCUUGCAUUAUUACAUUCAUGAACGUUUGAAUAACGAUCCGGGUUGGAGAAAUAUCAAAGUGAUAUUGAGUGACGCCAAUGUUCCCGGCGAAGGAGAACAUAAAAUAAUGGAUUUCAUUAGACGACAAAGAGCACAACCCGAUCAUGAUCCAAAUACCCAACAUGUGUUAUGCGGAGCGGAUGCUGAUUUAAUUAUGUUGGGUCUCGCUACGCACGAGCCUAAUUUUACAAUCAUACGCGAAGAGUUUAAGCCGAAUAAACCAAAACCGUGCGAUAUAUGUGGCCAAUUGGGUCACGAAAUGCGCGAGUGUACAGGCGCGGAGCCGAAUCAAAAACCAGAAGAGAACACAUACGGUUCCGAAUGCCAGUACAUAUUUGUGCGGUUAAAUGUGCUCAGAGAAUAUUUAGAGAGAGAAUUAUAUAUGCCAAAUCUUCCAUUCAAAUACGAUUUCGAACGAGCUGUCGAUGAUUGGGUGUUUAUGUGUUUCUUCGUAGGAAAUGAUUUUUUACCCCAUCUCCCUUCUCUGGAAAUUAGAGAGGGUGCAAUUGACAGACUCGUCAAUUUAUACAAAAAGGCAGUGUAUAAAACGGGAGGCUUUCUGACAGAUAGCGGCGAUGUUAAUUUAGAUCGUGUGCAAGUGAUAAUGUCGGAUCUCGGUGAUGCGGAAGAUGAAAUUUUUAAGAGAAGACAGCAAAAUGAACUAGCUUUUAAGCAGCGUGAAAAAGAUAAAAAAAGGAGGAACGAGAUAAUAAGCAAUUUCAAACCGAAAUGGAUUCCUACCGGACAAUUUGCGCCCACUGCUCCCGGACAAACGGUGAAACCUGUAGAAAAUGCGCGUUACGAGGCUUAUCAAAUGCGCAUGCAGGGUAGAAAUUACAACACAAGUGCCGAGAAUGCAAAUACCAAUCACGCUUUAGAGAGCAUGUUGUCACCCGAGAAUGCAGGCAACAGAGGGCAAAAACGUAAAAUCGAAGAAGUCGAGGAAGAUUCGGAUGAUGAUCAGGCGCACGACGAGGUGCGACUGUGGGAAGAUGGAUUUAAGGAUCGAUACUACGAAUCUAAGUUUGACGUAUCUCCCGACAAUCUUGCAUUUAGAAAUAAUGUUGCGUUGCAAUAUGUGCGGGGAUUAUGUUGGGUAUUACGGUAUUAUUAUCAAGGUUGUGCGUCAUGGAGGUGGUAUUUUCCAUACCACUAUGCGCCAUUUGCAAGCGAUUUUAUAAACAUUGGUGGCCUUUCGACCGAAUUUGAAAAGGGCACUGAACCAUUUCGUCCAUUAGAACAAUUAAUGGGAGUAUUUCCUGCCGCCAGUAGUAAACACGUACCUGCGCCAUGGGCGAAAUUAAUGACUGAUCCUCAAUCUAUGAUUAUUGAUUUCUAUCCAGAAGAUUUUAAAAUUGAUCUGAAUGGAAAAAAAUUCGCUUGGCAAGGAGUAGCUUUGCUUCCCUUCGUGGACGAGAACAGAUUAUUCAAAGCGUUAGCGCCAUAUUAUGACAGCCUGACUGAAGCAGAGAAAAAACGAAAUGUGCGCGGCGACGAUAGAUUGUACGUUGGUGUAGGAAACAAUGGAUAUACUUUUGUAAAGGGUCUUUAUAUAAAUCGCGUGGGAUUUGACAAGGAAAUUGAAAUAAGUAUUGACGGGAUGAGAGGCACGGUUUCUUUGUCAGAAGAUUGCGUGAACGAGGGAGGCACAUUGGUAUCACCUGUGAGAGGCUUACCAGUUAGGAGCAAUAAAGUUUAUUGUAUUAAAUUCAAGGAUCCUAAAUACAGUGGCAAUCAUAUUUUCCUGGCUCGCAAGCUGAAAGGAGCUAAGGAGCCGCCGCGCGUUCUGAAACCGCAGGAUUUCGACGCCAUGAAUCGAAACAAUGACAAUCAGUGGAAGCCACAAAUCGGUUUCACACGAUCCACGCAAUCAGCUUCGCUAGGACAAGCGGGACACAGAAUGCUCGACCAUCAUACAAAUCGUAUCAGGCCGCCGAUGUACGCAAAUGUUCCACCGCCAAUGGGUUUAUAUCAGUCGUACGGUAUGAGCAAGAAAAAGUGGAAAAAACUCUUGAAGAAGAAAUCUUUCAAGAAAUGUAUGGAAACAAAAAGUAGUGAGACAACAGAAAAGUUAAAAAAUUGGAAAUUUCCAGAUGCCGUGGAAACAUUUCUCGUUCCAAAAGAAGCUGUUACCUCGGUAACAACAAACAAUGAAGUUGCCAUUGAUAUUGAUCAAUACAUCAAUGAAUAUUAUGGCUCAGACAUUGAUGAUGAAAUGUCUAACGGUUGCUACACGAAAGAAGAGGAUGAAGAUUAUGACAUACCUUUGCAAAUCAAAGAGAGAGAUAUAAGUUCAUCGCAAUCAUUUGCGCAAUCAACACCGCAAGUUUCUAAAAAAUCAACAAAUGUUCGUGAAAACUAUAGAAAUCGACAGGAUAGUACAACGAGAGUAGAUACAACAACGAGAGUAGUGAACAACAAGAACACAGACACUCAACAAGUUACAACCAGUACCAAUGAGAUAGAUUUAUUUUUUAAUAGUAUUGCUGCAACCGUAAAAAAACUUAGUUCCUACAAUCAAUUAGUAGCCAAAGCAACAGUAUUCUCAACAGUUUCACAAUUAGAAAUGGCCGAGAUGUCUGGCACGUUUCAAUUUUCAUCGUUCACUCCAUCCUCGUCGCAGUCAUCGCAUAAUACGCUAAUACCCACACCAAUACCAUCACCGUCACCGGUUUUGCAAAAUGUACACACAUCCGUACCGCUGCCGUCUGUAAGACAAUCGCUGCGCCGAUCUACACGACGGCCUGUCACAUCGCAGUGUUACGAACACAUCAGAUUUAAUUUUCAACGAUAAAAAUUUAUAUUUAAAACACUUGUUAAAACAGUAAAAUUUAAAAACAUGAUAAACUACAUACAAUUAUACACUAUAUACACACUACAUAUACUAGAUAC